AUGAAUUUGUCCGUCACCGGCAUCGAACCAGUGGCAUUCAGCCCCAACACCUCAUAUCAGACGGUUGUUUCGUUAGAUCCCAUUGAAGACAUUGACAACAUGGAAGAACCGAGGCAUGUCGCCAUUGGAUUUGAGACUUACGAUGGCAUCAUCCACGAUUAUCGUGGCGCUGCUUCAUUUGAUCGAAUUCCUGGAACGGCAUCUUACCGCUACCUCAUACGUGGGGUUCAAGUUAAGAGGAACAAUGAUGGGAGUCUUCCGGAGAGUGUUGACUUGAAUGACACCAUCGAAUCAAUGGAGCUUCGACUUACCAGUCGGUUUGAGUGGUACACAAAGAGUCAGAAGAUCAAAGGUAAAGAAACAACUGGCAGGAUCGUUCGAAUGAGAUUUCUCCGCUCGAAAGAUGAAGAACAUCCAAAGGCAAUUAGGCAAAUUGAUCUGAUUAUUCCAAGGUCGGAGAACUGUGACAGUGGCAAGCUUCUAGUGCUUGCAAUCAAUCAGGCAUCCGCUCUCGUUGAUGCCAAUAUUGCGGAAAGCAAGCUCAAGGAAGAGCAAGAGCGACAACAAGCAGCCAGACUUCGAGGCAAUAUCCUCCCGUAG